AUAAAGUAUAAUGUAAAUAUUUGAGAUUUCGUCCUUAAUUUCAUACUAUAAUUAGGACGAAACAUUUUUGACCAAGAUGAAAUAAAUUGUUCAUUAAUGGUGUCCGUAUUGUGAGUUUGUAAAAAUUUAGAGGUUCAAAACGCCCAUCUUUUAUAUACACUAUCGCCACCUACAAGGAUGAAGCAGUAACUAAUUCACAGACGGGUUAAUCAAUGAAUGGUGCGUCUACGUACGCUUUCGGGUCUGUGGAAUAAUGGUAGAGAUGGAGCUGAUAUUUUGUUAGAAAAUAAAUAUAACAGGAUAGUGUAACGGUUAUUAACAAACAAAAACGAUGGAAGAAAACAAGCAAGUACGAGUGGAUAACUGGGGAGUAUUUUUUCUUCAACGUCUGCAAUUAUUCUUCAACAAAACGGAUUAUUGUGACCUAACCCUACAAUUUCAAGGAAAUGUUCAGUUGAAAGUUCACAGACUUGUUCUGAAUGCCUGUACUGAAUAUUUUGAACUCUUAGAGCAAUCUGAUAGGCUUAUUGAUGAAAAUGUGAUAUUGAUGCCUGAGACUUUGCAACCUGAUGUUGUGGUACCAAUCAUCAAUUUCAUGUACACAGGAAUGCUGGAAUAUCCGCAAUCGAUAUACCAUAGACUAUGUCAAGCUGCUGACCUCAUGCAUAUAUCAGUCCUGACAAAACUAUUAGAUGCUCAGAAACCAUGUCCAUCAUUGAACAAAGCAGAAAAAUUCCCUAAACAAAAAGUAAAAGAUACAAAAUCAGAAUCUGGUUUGCACAUGUUUUCAUAUUCGAAAAAAACUACGCCCAAACCUAUUGUAUCUGAUAUUUCACCAACUUUCCCUACAAGAAAAUUAUCAGGAUGGAAGAAAAAACCUUUAACUGCUAGUUCCAGCAACACUAGCUUUUCAUCCCGUUCUGAUUCAAUGAAUAGAAAUAGUGAUCCUCUUGCUUUAGACGAAGCAAAACCUACAAGAUUCGAAUGGCCUGAAGACGACUUAGAGUUACCUAGUUUAGAUAACAUGAUGGAUAUAUCAGGUUUUGGGGAUAUCUCUUACAAUAGUAAGCCUUUGCUGAGGGAGGACGAAGUGAAGCCUAUUCUUACUAAAAGUGACCCUCUUUCAAAGCAAGCUUCGAAGGAUGCAAUUCAUGAAAUGGAACUAGAUGAAAGGUCAAAUCCUGAGACUACUAGAAACGGAAUCGAGAAAAGAAAGGCAGAGUCGGGAUUAGAUAAAUCACCUAAAAGGAUUAAAAUAGUCGAAAGUGAAAAAGACACUACUAUUAGCGUUAUAGCUAAUGAAAAUUCCGCGAAUUUCGAUCCAACUAAAAUAGUAUCGGAAAUUCUGAAGAAAUAUCCCCAUUUGGUCAAAAAGAAGAAGAAUAUAAAACUGAAGAUAGUGUCGAAGCACAAUGAAAAAGAAACUCCAAAAACGUAUAGUCCUGUCGAAAAGACUGUAAUAGAAAAAGCCCCCACAAAAGUAGUUCCGAGGAAAACUCCUGUGUUCAAGUCUGAACCUGCUAAAACAAACUUGAAGGACAGUGUGUGGACAUGUAAGGAAUGUUCGGCUACUCAUGGCGAACCUAUAGAGUUCAUGCUUUACUACCUUUAUAGAAAACAUAUGACUGAUUUACAUAAUAUGAAGUUUGAUCCCAGGAUCUGUAAAUAUUGCGGUAUUGCUUUUUCUAAAAGUGAACAGCACGCUUAUCAUCUUUUCACCAAGCAUGGAAUCAAACCUACAGGAGGACAAGUCUUUCCUAAUUGUGCCCAAUGUCCUUAUGUGGCUUUGUCUCAAGAAGUACUUCAAAUUCAUAAAAGUAAACACAAGAAGACAGAAAUGCAAUGUUCAUGUUGUAAAUUAGCUUUCAUUUCAUCGGAAGCUAUAGCUGCCCACUUGCAAAUUACUGGCCAUAUGGGCAAAACAAAGAAGAAUGUUUACGAUUGUCAAUACUGUACAAAAACUUCACAGUCUCCUAUUAGUUUAUUGUCUCACAUUAAAUCCAAUCACGAGAUGGAAGGCAAACGGGAUGGUAUAGUUAGUUUAGAUGAGGUGGAUUUGGAAGAAGGUGAUAUCUUGGACGAGACCAUUGAAGAAGAAGAGCCCAUAGAGGAAUAUGUUGUUCCAGAGACACAAAAGAACAAAGUGAAUAUCAUCAGUGAUGUGACAGUACCUGUGAGCAAGAGUAAAACGACAACAGAAACAGUAACAUUGGACCAAACGAAAAGUCAUGUCUCCGUACCAACCUCAAUAGCUACAAGCUUGGGUCUACUGGAUAUUGUCGUUCUCGAUGAAAAUCAACAAUUUAUCCUUCAUAACCAACCCCAGCAGACAGUAAACAAUCAAACUGAAUAUAUUCUGCCUCAAAUUGAUGCUAGAAAUGUAACAGCUGAAGGUCUACCGAGUAAUGAUGAGCUGGUGAUGGUAUUGACAGAUCAAGAUUACAAGGAUGGGCAUAGUGGUAUCACCACGGAAAACUCUAAUAUCGUAGUACUUUACAGUCAUCCAGCAGAUGGACAGCAGGGUCAAUUUAUCACUUCCCAGGGUAACUUGAUGGUCAACUCGGAAACUGGAUUGCUAGAGAUUAGAAACGGUGCUGCCAUCGCAACAACGUCCGCCAAUCAAAUAGUAAUGAGCACACCGACGGAAAGUCAUAUAGAAACGAUAGAAAUGAUCCAGAGGGAAAUCGAAGAAGGACAAGAGUUGAAACAGGAUUCGUAUUAUGCAGAUCAGAAAACUAAGGUAUUGGAGCAUCCUCCGGAGCCUGUGCAUUUCAUAGAGAACUCGCAAGUUGAAACCAUGAGCGAAGCAAGCACUCAGGUGGAAAUGACGGAGAAUUCAGAAAUUCAGUUGGAGGAAAUGGGGAAAAUGCAAGAAGAAGAAGAGACUGUUGUUGAACAAGUUCCUGCACCUAAUCUUCCAAUGUUGAAUGACACAGGGGAAGAACAUACGUCAAGUGAAGAAAUCCAGCCUUCAAAUAACCCCGAGGAAAGUGAUAAAUUGGUAGAAAUGGCUGAAGUAUGUGCUGAGGAAUCCAAGGAUUCUGCACCAAUGGAAAUUGAGGAACAGUUGGUAGAAGAAUGUGCAUCACCUACAGAAGAAAUUUCAACCUCCGAAUGUAAAGGAGAAGAAAUACCAACAGACGAGAGGAAAGAGGAAGAUGUAUCGAUAUCUGAAAGUGUUCAAGAAGAAGAACAGAAAGAAGUAGAAGAAGCAGCUGAGAAAUCUGCUGAUGUUGAAAAGGAUCAAUCUUCUGACGGAGAGAAAACUCUUCCAAUGGAAGUAGAUGAUGCAGAUGCUGAAUGCAAGGGGGAGCAUUCCACCGAGGAAGAAAAUAACGAAAUUCCUUCAACAGACGAAGAUGCAAUAAAAGUUGGAAGUACGAAGGACACGGAAAUUGUGGAAGACACCGAAAUUGUGGAAGAAAAACCGGCGUCUCCAACGCUUGAAAAAGACGAGGAGAAACCUUACUCACCCACUGAUAACCCCGUCGAUAUGGACUGCGAAACGGAACAAGACCUUAGUGAAAAACAGGAUGGGGAAUCAUUGAAUGAGAGCAGCGUAACUACCUGCGAAAGAGAACUCGACAGUCAGGAAACCGUGGUAUCAACUCAGUCAUCACAAAUCGUGGAAGAGGAGGAUACGGAAGACAAGCAGAGCGAAGGCACCAAAGAAUCGACCACAAUGUCAAUUCUCGAUGACUGGGAAGAUACGGAUUCUCAACAAUCCGACAAUAAAACGAAGUGCAUAAAGAAGGGGGCGCAGGAAACGGUCCAUAAAUUGAUGGACGAUUGGGAUGAAGAAGAGGUAGAAAAGUGAAAAACUCUUUUAAAGUUUGAUAUCGAGAUGUUAAUUUGGGAUUUGAUAUUUUUAUAACCUCAAAAUCAACUGUCAAAAUCCCACCGGUGUCGAUAAGGUUAGAAUGGAAAAAUUUUAUGUAGAUUUUUCUCUGAUUUUAAGAUUUGUUGAAGGUAAUUUACUCUAUUGUACAUAUUGAUUCAUUUAUUAUUAUAUUCAGUGAAAGUUCAGAAACCGGUUCUACAAGGGACGGUCCUGGAAUUUUUUUUAUUUCUCUAUCUACUUAUGUAUUUACAUCAAUAUAUGCUUCAGUUGAAAA